AGUUCACAAACAUGGCUGAAAUAAUAUGCAUGUAAUCUGCUGCUUGUUAAACACAGGAGUCACUUUAGAGUAACUGUAACUGCCGAGUUUGUAUUUGCAGGGUUUGCGAGUUUGCAGGCUCGUAUCGCGUAGUUUAGUAAAUAAUUGAAGCCAGCUUAGCGUCUUUAUUGCAGCGACUGUAGUCAUGUCCGGUGAGGAGAGGAGCGGCUCUACGUCCAGGUGCUUCGGACAGUACACCUACACAGCUGAGGAGUACCAGGCGGUCCAAGACGCUCUGCGACAGAAGCUGGGACCCGAGUACAUCAGCACCAGAGUGGCUGGAGGAGGACAGAAGGUAUGCUAUAUCGAAGGCCAUCGUGUCAUCAGUUUGGCCAAUGAAAUGUUUGGAUACAACGGGUGGUCUCACUCCAUUUCCCAGCAGAAUGUUGAUUUCGUAGACCUCAUCAAUGGGAAGUUUUAUGUCGGCGUCAGUGCAUUUGUUAAAGUGCAGCUCAAGGAUGGGGCGUUUCAUGAGGAUGUUGGCUACGGCGUCAGCGAAGGACUGAAGUCGAAAGCCCUGUCAUUGGAAAAGGCGAGGAAGGAGGCAGUCACUGAUGGCAUGAAGAGAGCGCUGAAAUGUUUUGGUAAUGCUCUUGGUAACUGCAUCCUGGAUAAAGAAUACCUCCUAGCCAUUAACAAGAUCCCCAGACAGCCGCCACCUCCUCUAGAUCCAGUCCAGACCAAGCGGACUGAGGGUGAGCCGUCAGUGGAGAAGGCCCGGUUUGGAAGUCUUCUACGAGAGGAAAGUCUUAUAUCUGCAGCGGGUCCUGUCAGGACACCACUGGAGCCCAGAGUCAUCAACCAGAACCAGAAUCAUUCAGAAGAUCACACUCCUAAUGCUGCUGACCCUGUACCUGGCACAAAGAGUGAGAACAUCAGUUCCACGGAUCCCAAACAGCUGAGAAAACUUAGACAGCAGCAGCUUCAGCAGAAGUUCAGGAGAGAAAUGGAGGCCAAGAAGCUGCAGCAGAAGCAAGACCAAGCCAAAUCCGAGGAGGCAGAGGUCACUAUAGGACGAAGAUCCAGUGGAGGGGUUCCUGUGUUUGAUGCUGGUGGACAUGAACUCACGAAGCCCAACGGAAGCAGAGACGUGUAUUUAGCAGAUGACCCUGAACUCUGGGAUUUCACUCUGCAUGGGAUUGAGGAUCUGGAUGCUCCUGCAGCUGGCCCUCCACCCAGAGAACUCAGGCCCAGCACGCCACAGCAUCACCCAAUGCAGACACGCAGUAAGACUCCUCAGAGAACCGCGGACAGACCUCCAGAGGCUGCGCCAUACAGCAGAGGACAGGACCAGGCUCAGUUCAGACCUCAGCAGCAGAGCCAUUAUCAGGGCAGACCAGGUGAAGCCUCAAGUCCGUACAGGCAAGGACAAUACAUGAAAAAACGCAGACUGGACACCUGACAUUUCACUCUGUUCAUUCAGUUUGGUCAAAAUGUAGCCAUAAUUUUAUUUUUAUUUAUUUUACAUUAUAAAUAUUUGAGAUUGAAAAAAAAUGCUGUUGUGUAUUUUUAGAAGAAUGUUUUCUGGUUUUGUAAAAAUAAAAAUAAACAGAACAAAAAAAAAAA